GCAACAUUGUCCGGCGGAGAAUCGAAGAAGAAGAAGAACAUAACAACAACACUCAGAUACUCUUUUGUCCGUACCGAAAUCGGGAAAAAUGGACAUUUCAGUUCAAAUCUCCGGCUUAAACUCUCUCAGUACCUGCCGGAUCAUCCCAAGAUUCUCAUCCUCUUCUAGAUUCCGUUGUUCAAAAAACGAACCUCCACGAAACGGAAACGAGUCCAACGGUGGUGAAAGAUCGUCGACGGAUUGGGACAAGGCGUGGAAGAGUUUCAAGAAACAGAGCAAGAAGACGUUCUUCUCGCAGUUCAACAUGGACAAGUACGUGACUUGGAAUCCUCCAAGAUCGGACUAUCCGGCGUCUGAAGAAAUCGAUCCCAUUAAAAAAGCAGAGAGAUCUAAUCUAAUGCUUUGGACAAGUCCAAGGUUCACACUUAUCGGAGCCAUCGUCAUUGUCUCCUUCCUCCUUCUCUACACCAUUCUUGCUCCUGUUAAGUGAACUUCUUUUUUGGUUUUUACUAUUUUAAUCCUCAACCAUUUAGAUCAGAUUCUGAAUGUGUUUUUUUUGUUUUUAAUUUUAUUUUAACUGUACAACUUCUAUGAAUAAAAGAUCCUAGUUUCAAGUUUCAACA